CGUCCCUUGACGCAGCUAUAAACCAACAGCAGCCGCAGCAGCAGAGGGUCGAUCGGCACAUUUUGCCUUCCGGCCGAGUGUUUGUAUGUGUUUUUGAAGCGAAUAUUCAGACUGUGUUUAGUUCCGGAGUUGACAGUAGCAUCAUGACAUCUGGAGGCCACGUGAUGAACGGUGACAUCUCUUGCUCUCCCGGUCAGCCUGGCACGCUGGAGGAAACUCUGCUGCAGAUGAACAUCCUCAUCCAGGAGAACCGAGACCUGAAAGAGGCCCUGCGUCAGACCAACCUGACAAUGAAGGAGCGUUUUGAGGGUCUGACUGCGUGGCGGGAGAAACAGCGGGAGGAGCGGGACUUUCUGGAGAGCAGGCUGGAGGAGGCACGGGGCGGCAUGGAGGCACUGACCCUCCAAAACCAGGCGCUGAGCAAGAAGCUGGAGGGGUCAGGAGGAGCUCAGGGGGGCUCACAGGCAGCAGCAUCCAAUCAGAGCGCAGAGCUGGAAGCCCUGCGUGCCCUCGUGGCUCGCCUGCAGGCAGAGAAGAACGACUUGGUGGCCAUGAACUCUGAGCUGCAGCUGAAGGCGGACCAGGACUCGAAUGACGACUCCUUCAUCGAGGUCAUCAAGGUGUCGGAUGGAGGCGUUGACGGUGUGAAUGACGUGUGCGGUUCCAAGCGGUACAGACGUCCUGACCUGAGCAUGACGGCGUCCCGGCUGGACAGUGAGGAGAUGACGGUUAGCCAGCUCCUCCAGUCCCUGAGGAACGAGACGCAGCAGGUGGAGCGGCUGCAGGUUGAGCUGCGGGCUUCUGCUGCCAGGAUUAGAGAACUGGAGGAGAGGAAGAGUAACAUAGAGGAAUCAACACAGACUACAGAGACCAAGGAGGAUUCUGAGAAGAAGGAGAAGGCGGCGUCUGAGGUAGAGAAUCUGAAGUCUCAGAUGAUGACGCUGUUCAAAGAGCUGCAGCAGGCCCAGAGCAAGCUGGAUGAAGCAGAAGGCAUGAAGAAGAACCUGCAGGACAGAUGUCGGGAGGUGGAGCAGGACGUGGUGACUCUGAAGGCUCAGCUGGUGGAGAAACAGGCCGUUCAGACGGAGAACGACCGGCUGAAGCUGCAGUUGGACAGCAUGCAGGCCCAGAGCCUGAUAGAGCAGAAGAAGGCUGGGGAGGAGAGGAACAACUUGGCCCAACUGAAGGAUGCCUACACCAAGCUGUUUGAAGACUAUAAUGAGCUCAAAGAGGAGAGGAAGAAGAGAGAGGCUCAGCUGGUGGAGAAGGAGGUGAUGGAUGAGCUGCAGGUGCGGCUGACUACCGCUGAAGAAGCCUUGGCUGCUAAACAGGAGCGGAUUGAUUCCAUGAAGCAGGAGAUCUUCCAGAAGGAGAAGGAACUGGAGACCAUAUCUGUCUUCCAGGCUCAGGCGGAGGUCUACUCCUCAGACUUCUACGCAGAGCGGGCAGCAAGGGAAAAACUCCAUGAAGAGAGGGAGCGUCUGGCUGCUCAGCUGGAGUUUGUAAAGAAGCAGAACACCCAGUUGCAGGAGGAGAUGGACUCACUGGGCCGGCGGUCACUGAACGAGAUGCAGAGGAGACAUGUGGGAGGAAGUCCACAUGGAGGUGGUGCGGCUGUGGUUGGGAGAGGCACUGACUGGCAGCAUCAGGGGAGUAUUCCUGAACACGCUUGUCCAAAGUGCAACGAGAUCCUGCCAGACCUGGACUCCCUGCAGAUCCACAUCAUGGACUGCAUCAACUAGACUCAUCAUUAUAAGCAUUCACAGCAGCUACAUUAGCACUUUAAUCUAAGUCUUCCUCUGCUUUGACCCUUACAUCUUCUCUGAUCCCUGUCACGAGACUCCAUAGAUCCCUGAAAAACUCAGUAACAUUCAUUCUAGGAAGGGAACACUUUGUUUUGGGUAGAAAUGAAGUAGAAGGAGUAGAAGCUGUAUCAAGGGAUCCAACACAUGAGAAGUAAAUCUGGAAAUAAGUCUGAAAAGAACUGGCCAUUUUUAGUUCGUUGUAAAUUUAGAAAUUGCUUGAAGAUUUGAAAUAGUGUAGAAAUACAUUGUAUGACACAUCUUCUGUAGUUUUUAGCUCCAUGUCAUCUGGCACAUUUCCUUUUUUGUUGCUGUGAUGACUAAAAACUAGAUGUAGAAGAAAUUCUGCAAGGAAAAAGUCUGGAAUAUCAAAGCAGAAAUUUUGAUAAGAUUUCAGGUUGGCGCUGUCUGCCAGUCAUAUAUGCACAUAAUAUAAUCAACCAAAGCUGAGCCUUUGUAAGUUGAAUUUGUGUACCAAGUAUUUGGUUGCUGAAGGCUUUUUUUUUAAAAAUUAGUUCUUUGUGUAAUCGAAAGAAAUUCCUUCUAUUUUUUGCUUGGAAAGGAUAUUUUAGGAUUUUCAUGAUUGAGUUGUUGAUGUUGGUAGAAAAAGGGGUGUGCACCACAUAGGAACUUUAAUAUGAAGAUAUAUUUUUUAUUUUGACUCUGCACCAGAUUAUAAGCAGAAUAGGAACAUAAUAUAUUUAACUUGUUAAUCAACAAUCAUCACUGUUGUGAUGUCAUUAACAGUGUUUGUAUACUCUAUGUAUGUGCUGGAGGCUCCAACACCAAGCGUAUUCUGUACUCUAUAGAUUCCAUGUUGUUAUUCUGUGUAGGCAAAUAAAAUUAUUUACAAAUUUC